AUGAAGCGUUUGCGCAAGUCACAGGACGGACCAGCUGCAGCACCAGCUGGCGAGGUGAAAGAAGAAGAAGAAGAUGAUGAAGACGAUGAGAUUGAAGAGGUGAGCAUGCAAGUGGUCCUGGCAGACCAGGUCGAGUGCAAGGAAGAGAAGGUGAAGGUGAAGCGAAAGCGAGCCAAGGCCAAGGCAGCUCCUAGAGGCAAACUGCGCAAGCCAAAGUUGCCGCAGUUUGCCUUUGAAAAGUUCCGAGAGGAGGUCAAGGAGAACGACGAGGAGGAGGAGCCCUCGCUGCCCGAACUGGUGACACGCUGGAAGGCUAUGUCAGACGAGGAGCGGGGCCGUUUCAUCCAACUGGCCGAAGAGGAUCGGCGCCGAUUCGAGCGUGAGUACGAGGAAUGGCGAGAAGAGCGAGCCCAGCUGGGCAAGCCUGAGCCUGCCUUGCAGGCACUCUUAGAGAAGCGCCGCAGCACGUUGGAGCGGAAGCUGAACCGAUCGGAGGAGCCUCCAAAAAAGCUCGUAUCAAAGAAGAGGGCGCCGAAGAACUUCCCAAAGCGGCCGGUGAACUCUGCGUACAGCCUUUUCUGCUCCGAGCAGCCGAAAAUGUCCGCUUUGCCAGAAGAGGAGGCACCAGAGCCCGUGCCCAGUGAAGAAGGCGUUGCUGAAGAUGCGCAGAAGGCGAAACAGCGGCGCAGCGCUGGCCGACUAGUCGCCUUGCAGAAGGCUUGGUCCGCGCUGAGCGACGAGGAGAAGCGGGGCUACGCAGUACGUGCUGCUGAGGACCAAGAGCGCUUUCGCCGGGAGCUAGAGGCUUGGCGAAAAGAUCCAGCCAAUGAGGAGCUGGUGAAUCUUGAAUUUGUCGAGAAGGCCAGCAAGUUUGGUCGGAAAGCCAGUGCGAAACAGCAGAAGCUCCCGCGACCACGGGUGAAGAGGCUGCUGAGGGCUGCUGAGGGCUGCUGGGAAGCGUCGGGCGCGUUCAUGGACCAAAUGACACCAGACUAG